AUGGACAACCACGGCGGCGACAUGUACCACUGCACCGGCUGCACCGAUCCCUCCUGCUCCUCAAUCUCAUCACUGGGCUCGUUUCCGUCCUACGACUUGACCAGCGGUGCCGGUGAGAUGGUUGAAACAUGGCGGAACAACCCUCCAGCUUCCUGGAAUCAUUUCCAGGCUGAUCCCUCCUGCAGCUCCUCCUCGUCCCGGGACUCGUUUCCGUCCGACAUGAGCAGCAGCGACAUGAUCGGUGCGGAAACGAGUCGUCGGCCGAAGAAACGAGCAGCGUCGGCGGCGCCGUCGUACAUCGGCGUGCGCGCGCGGCCGUGGGGACGGUUCGCUGCAGAGAUCCGGGACUCGACGCGGGGCGGCACGCGGGUCUGGCUGGGCACCUUCGGCACCGCCGAGGACGCUGCCAUGGCCUAUGACCAGGCGGCGCUCUCCUCGCGGGGCGCGGCCACGGCGCUCAACUUCCCCCUGGAGCGCGUCCAGGAGUCGCUCCGUGCCCUCGGCGCCACCGGCACAGGCGCGGCCGGCUCGCCCGUGCUGGCCCUCAAACGACGCCACUCCAAGAGAAGAAGGCGCAGCAAGACCGAGAUAGCGAACGACGCGGCGACAUGCCGGAGGAGCAACAUGAUCGUGGCCAAAGACAAGCGGUUUAUCGUGGAGCUGGAGGACCUCGGUGCCGACUACUUGGACGAGCUUCUCGCCUUCUCAUGA